UUUUUUUAUGAGAAGAAAGAAGCUUUGCACGUAUGGAUGUUAAUGGCUACGAUUCUCUCACCGUCGUCUCCUCUUCCUCUUCCAUUAUCGACUCCUUCGUCUUCGUCUUCUUCUUCUUGUUCUUCUUCUCUCUCAAGUUUCUCGCUCUCUCCAUUAAAGCACAGACCUCGCCAUAGCCACAACCAUGUCUUCUUCUCAGCCUCUCAAACCCAAUCCCUCGCAUGUUUGGAACCGUUUAGCAUCAAACAACAACGACAACAGCAACAACAACAAAAACCACUUUUCGAUUCGGAGUUGUUCGAGAAUUGCUCAUCUUUAUCCAAUUUCGUGGAAUUCGACGUCGACGGUUUGCUACAUUUGCUGCAGCUUUCGGUUCGUUACAACGAUGUCGAGCUCGCCAAGGCGGUUCAUGCUUCUGUCGUUAAGCUCGGAGAAGAUGUUUACUUGGGAAACUCUCUCAUUUCAGCUUAUCUCAAGCUCGGUUUCGUCUCCGAAGCGUACGAGGUUUUCAUGGCCAUGGCUUCCCCUGAUUUGGUGUCUUACACUGCUAUGAUUUCUGGAUUUUCCAAGUCCGGUCGUGAAGACGAAGCCGUGGAGCUUUUCUUUCGGAUGAGGAGGCUUGGGAUUGAGCCUAAUGAGUACGGCUUCGUCGCGAUUUUGACAGCUUGUAUUAGGGUUCUGGAGUUGGAAUUUGGUAGUCAAGUUCAUGCCUUGGUCAUCAAGUUGGGAUUUUUGGAUUGCGUCUUCGUUGGGAAUGCUCUGUUGGGAGUGUAUGGGAAAUGUGGGUGUCUGGAUUUUGCACUCAAGAUGUUCGACGAAAUGCCGCAGAGAGAUCUUGCGUCUUGGAACUCUGCUAUUUCCAGUGCUGUGAAGAUGGGAUUGUAUGGUGAAGCCUUGGAGUUGUUUUGUGAGAUGCAGAGAAGUGAUGGAUUUCGAGUUGAUUUCUUUACGGUUUCGACUCUAUUGACUGCCUGUGCAGGCUGUAAUGCUUUGGCACAAGGCAAAGAAGUUCAUGCUCAUGCUCUAAAAUGUGGAUUGGAAAGUAAUUUAAGUGUUGGCAAUUCACUCAUUGGGUUCUAUACUAAGUGUGGGGGUGUAGAGGAUGUGAAGGCUUUGUUUUUGAAAAUGCCAGUUAGAGAUGUGAUAACAUGGACUGAGAUGAUUACGGCGUACAUGGAAUUCGGGUUGGUUGAUUCGGCUUUGGAGGCAUUUGCGAAAAUGUCAGAGAGGAAUUCAAUUUCCUGUAAUGCCCUUUUGGCUGGAUUUUGUAAGAAUGGCGAAGGUUUGAGGGCAUUGGAAUUGUUUGUAGGUGUGGUAAGGGGGCGUAUGGAGUUGUCGGAUUUCACGUUGACUAGUGCUGUUAAUGCUUGUGGCUUGCUUGGGGAUAAGAAAGUUAGUGAGCAGAUUCAUGGGUUCGUUCUUAAGUCUGGUUGUGGGUCAAAUUCGUGUAUAGAAUCAGCAUUGCUUGAUAUGUGUACAAGGUGUGGUAGGAUGCCAGAUGCGGAGAAGUUGUUUCUUCAGUGGCCAAUUGAUUGGGAUGUUUCUGUAGUAUUGACGUCGAUGAUAUGCGGGUAUGCUAGAAAUGGGCGACUGGAGGAUGCGGUUUAUCUUUUCGUCAUGAGUCAAUUGGAAGGAACGAUGGUUUUGGACGAAGUCGCCUUAACUUCAGUGCUUGGUAUUUGCGGAAGUCUAGCUUUCCACGAAAUGGGAAAGCAAAUCCACUGUUAUGCUCUUAAAUCUGGCUUUUCAAGUGAUUUAGGGGUAGGAAAUGCUAUGGUUAGCAUGUAUGCCAAGUGUUGGAACAUGGAGGAUGCUGUUAACGUAUUCGAUUCAUUGGCUGCACGCGAUGUAGUUUCGUGGAAUGGUCUAAUUGCUGGGCAUCUUCUCCACAGACAGGGUGAUAAAGCCUUAGCCGUGUGGUCAGAAAUGAAGAAUGCAGGCAUAAAACCGGACAAUGUCACCUUUACUUUGGUCAUUUCAGCUUAUAGACACACUAACUUCAACUUAGUUAAGGAUUGCCGUAGCUUUUAUUACUCAUUGGAUUUGGAUUACGGUAUUGAGCCGACGUCAGAGCAUUUGGCCUCGUUUGUUGGAGUUUUGGGUUAUUGGGGUCUAUUGGAAGAAGCAGAGGAAAUGGUUUAUAAGCUUCCAUUUGAGCCAGAGGCUUCAGUUUUGCGAGCUUUGCUCGACAGCAGUAGAAUCCGUUUGAACACAGCUAUUGGAAAAAGGGUUGCGAAGCGCAUACUUGCAAUGCAGCCAAAAGAUCUUUCUAGCUACAUACUUGUUUCAAAUCUGUAUUCUGCCUCUGGGAGAUGGCAUUGCGCCGAAACAGUGAGAGAGGAUAUGAGAGAAAAGGGGUUCAAAAAGCACCCGGGUCAGAGUUGGAUUGUUCAUGAGAACAAGAUCCAUGCAUUCUAUGCAAGGGACAAGUCCCAUCCCCAAGCAAAAGACAUAUACAGUGCACUAGAAAUUCUCAUCUUAGAAUGCCUGAAAGCCGGUUAUGUGCCGGACACAAGCUUUGUUCUUCAUGAAGUAGAGGAGCAGCAGAAGAAGAAUUUCUUGUUCUAUCACAGCGCAAAACUUGCGGCGACCUACGGAGUUCUAACGGCCAAGCCAGGAAAACCUGUUAGAAUAGUUAAGAAUAUUGCAUUGUGUGGGGACUGCCAUACAUUUUUUAAGUACGUCUCAAUUGUGACUAGGAGAGAUAUAUUUCUUAGGGACACUUCUGGUUUUCACUGCUUUUCAAGUGGACAGUGCUCAUGCAAAGAUUACUGGUGAUAGUCAGGUCUUCUGUGCAUUCUAGAACCAUUGUAACAUUUGUAUCUAAACUGUAAUUUUCAA